GGGUAGGCUCCGUGUGGCCACCCACUCAUAUAGGAAAGGCGUGUAGUUGCUCGACGCAACCGCUGGGUUUGUAACUUGACACCUGGUUGUGCGGUGCGUUUACCAUCGCUAUUUAAACCUAUUUAAAAAGGAAAGGGAUGAGUCCAACGCUCCUGACUCUGUAACCCUCUCCAAAAGAACCCAGCUUUCUGUCCGGGUGCGCGUCCCUCAAUCUGGAUCGGCAUAAAUGAAUGAAGCACAGGGGAAUAUCGACAGACAAUCGCAGGAAACUCUGCCAUACCAGCCUACCAGAAGGGAUUUAUGCUGGGUUUGACAGGCAAAUCAACACGAGUGUUUUUUCCUCUGGAAGUUCAUCACAAGCUUGUCAAAUGUGUAACACGGCGAGCGGUGUCUUCUGCCCCCUUGCAAAGGAGUCACGCUGUGAUUAACGGAUCAGGUUUUUGACUGCCAGGACAAAUGAAUACAAAUGAAUUUAGGCACCCGAAGGAGAGAUUGCAGAACCUCUCAUCUAGACACAAAGAGAGCCCUCUUGCUCUGUACCAUAUUAUACUGUACUUGUUACCCAGGACUUACACAAGUACACUCUGAAGAUGUGGACAUCCUCCAGAAGUUGGGGCUUAAGGGAGAGAAGCCGUCUCGUUCUGUGCCAGCAGGGGUCAUUCCAUUCAGAUCUGGGAUCAUCCUCAACCAGCGGGCACACAUUGAGGCUCCAUUGCGCUCAGUUUUCCCAGCAGCUGUCUGGCCCAACCUGGCCCUGAUCCUGAGUGUGCGUUCACACCGUGUCAACAGCGCUUUCCUCUUCGCCCUGCUCUCAGGACGCAAGAAGCUCUUUCUUGGUCUGCAGUUUGUUCCAGGCAAUCUGGUCCUUCACACAGGACCCAACAGUUCAGUUGCACUGCCCUAUGAGCCCCAUGAUGGUCAGUGGCACCAGCUUGCAGUGGGGAUUAAUGGACAGAGAGUGACUCUAUAUGCCUCCUGCGGAGAGCAGAGUAUUCAUGCAGACUUUGGGUGGGACAGUGAGGAGGGACUGGCCCCAGAGCUCCAAGGCUCCUUCCUGCUGGGGUGGACAAGCCAGCAGCAAGCCUCACCACACUUUGAAGGAGCCAUCUGCCAGUUUGACCUGGUCCCAUCUGCACAGGCAGCUCACAACUUCUGCAGGUACAUUAAGAAACAAUGCAGGGAAGCUGACACAUACAGGCCUAACCUUUCUCCCUUGCUACCCAUUCUACCACGAGAAACCAACAUCACAGCUACCGCUGCUACCCCUAAACGUGGUAGCCUGGAAAAAUCCAGGAAGUCUACAGGGCUGAGCUUUGCCAGGACUGCUGCUGCUGCAGCAUCAGCUGUCAGAUAUGUGCCCUCCACCCAAACAAUAAAGCCCAACCCUGGGAUAAAUCCUACACCCCUACAGGGAACUGUCAUGCCAGUCACCGUGCAGCUUGGUUUGGCCUACCCAUCAUCUCCCAAGGUCAGGACCAAAACUGUCACAGCACCACUCAGGACAAGAGAAUCCCCCACAAAAUUACCAACCCAAACACCCUCUACUUCUAGAACUCCAUAUCAGAAGCCCUCUAAACCUACUGCCCCCACCCCUACUCCUCAUAACAGCCACAAAGAGACAAUUGCAGGAACAGAUAAUAAGAAAAAACCUAUUAUUCCAGCCACUGCCAGCACCAAGUCCUCCAAGACAAAGCUUAACUCUGCCUUAUCAGAUCAAGAUGCAGUCCCAAAAACACCACAACUCACAGCAGUCAAGAAAAUACCUUUCAAGCCUAAUGUUGCACCAUCCAAAGCCACUUUGUCUAAACCUAAAACAAAUUCUGUAGUUCCUUCUAAACCAACUUUAUUCAAAGUCAACCCCUCAAAAUCAACAAUCCCCAAAACUACAACAGCUAAAACCUCCAAGUCAGUCUCCAAACAGGUCACUAAGCCAACAAAACAGGCCAAAAUGACCAAGGCUCCAGACACCCCGCAACCUACCAGACCUUCAUACAACACAGUAACACCACCUGCUACUGAUGGUUUCCAGAGCUGGGAGGUGCCACCUACUCAGUUCUCCCUGCUGACUGGACCUCUAGGACAGAAAGGAGAAACAGGCCCAUGGGGACCACCAGGACCUCCAGGAAAGCCAGGCCUGCCGGGCAAGAGGGGUCCUCGGGGUGACCCUGGUCCCCACGGAAACCCUGGCCGACCUGGUCCACCUGGACUCAAGGGGAGAAAAGGAGACCCCGGCAUCUCACCUGGACCAGCACCCAAAGGAGAGAAGGGAGACUCAGGGAUUAUUGGCCUGGUUGGACUGACUGGCCCAGCAGGUCGAAGGGGACAGAAAGGUUACCCUGGUCCACCUGGACGUCCUGGAGAACCUGGAGAGCAAGGUCCAGUCGGAAGCCCAGGUGCCAAAGGUUAUCCUGGCAGGCAGGGUUUACCAGGGCCUGUAGGACCAAUGGGGCCUAAAGGCGUUCGGGGAUUCAUUGGAUUCCCAGGGCAUUUUGGCCAGGCUGGGCCUGAUGGCGAAAGAGGCAUUCCCGGUGUACCAGGGAAGAGGGGCAAGAUGGGUAGGCCGGGGUUUCCAGGAGACUCUAGGGAGAAAGGACCACCUGGACCAGAUGGAGAGCCAGGUAACAUGGGAGCCCCAGGUCCAAACGGAGUUCCUGGACUCAUUGGUGAUAUGGGACCUGUAGGAGAAAUGGGCCUUCCAGGACCUAUUGGACUGAAGGGAGUGCCUGGAAAUCCAGGAGAGCCAGGACUGAAAGGUGAUAAGGGUGAAAUUGGGAUUCCUGGAGAGCAAGGGGAAAUUGGUUACAAAGGAGAUAAGGGUAUCCAGGGCACUCCAGGGUUACCAGGUAUCCGUGGGAAAGCAGGACCACAGGGCAAAAUUGGAGAGAGAGGCCCAGAUGGUGCACCUGGACCGCCAGGCCCUGAGGGUUUCCCUGGUGACAUGGGACCACCAGGAGAGAAUGGCCUUGAAGGACCAAAGGGAAAAACAGGGACCAGAGGUAUACCUGGGCCACAAGGGGUGCCUGGCUUGGAGGGAGAUGAGGGCUCGAUUGGACCACCAGGCCCAACAGGACUCGAGGGUGAAAUGGGCAGAAAAGGAUUUCCUGGGAAAGUUGGCCCAGAGGGAGUGAAGGGUGAGCCUGGUGUCACAGGAAAUGUUGGACCUAUGGGAGAAAGAGGCUUGGUGGGUUUCAUAGGACCUGUGGGAGAGGCAGGAAUGGCAGGAGAGAAGGGGGAUAGAGGGGAGACGGGCCUUCCCGGACCACCUGGAGAGAAGGGAUCAAUGGGUCAUCCAGGGACACCAGGGGAGACGGGACCUACAGGACCACCAGGAAGACCAGGCCCCCCUGGAGCAAUUGGGCCAGUUGGUACCAGAGGACCCAAAGGCUUGCGGGGAGCAAUAGGGCCUGACGGUCCAACAGGAGAGAUGGGAUUAGAGGGCAAGAAGGGUCCUGAUGGUCCUCCAGGAAAAAUAGGUCUCCCUGGACAACAGGGGAAGAUCGGCGAGUCAGGGGAAACUGGGCCUAAAGGUUUUCCAGGAAUCCAAGGGCCCUCUGGACCGCCAGGGGACAAGGGAAUAGCAGGUGAACCGGGACCACCUGGACCACCAGGGACUGUGGGACUGUUGGGAGAAAUUGGUCAAGUGGGUCCUCCAGGGAAGGCUGGGGAACCAGGACUGCCAGGCGAGCCAGGAGAGAAGGGAGCCAUUGGACCUGCUGGGAACAUCGGGGAGCAGGGACUAAUAGGACAGCGAGGUGAGCCGGGCCUUGAGGGAGAAGGUGGUCCAGUGGGUCCAGAUGGAGCCAAGGGUGAAAAAGGUGACAUGGGUCAGGAGGGCGACCAAGGAGAAAAAGGUGAAACUGGACUAAAGGGAGCAGAGGGUCCACCUGGAAGCCCUGGACUGACUGGUGUCAGAGGUCCAGAAGGGAAGCCUGGCAAAAGUGGGGAAGGAGGCAAACCAGGGUCAAAGGGUGCCAAAGGUAACCAAGGGUACCUUGGGGAGACUGGACCAGUGGGCAAGACAGGACCACCAGGUUUUGUUGGCCCAAAGGGGUCCAGAGGAACUACUGGACAUGUGGGAGCUCCUGGUCGAAUGGGUCAACAGGGUGAACUUGGUUUUGCAGGUUAUGAUGGCCAUCAGGGAUCAUUAGGUCCCAUGGGGCCUCCUGGACCAAAAGGUGAAAAGGGUGAGCAGGGAGAUGAUGGGAAAGUAGAAGGUCCUCCUGGUCCUCCAGGUGACAUAGGUUCUCCAGGUGACAGAGGAGAGAGAGGUGAACCAGGAGAUCUGGGGUACAAAGGUCAAGUUGGUGUGGAUGGAGAGAGAGGCAGACCUGGAGCUCCUGGACAACCUGGACAGCCUGGACCUCGAGGGCGGCAAGGACCCAAAGGGGCCAAAGGAGAUCAAGGUCAGAAAGGCAAAAAAGGACAGACAGGACAAAAAGGAGCCCGAGGACCAGAAGGUGGGGGUGGCCCUCCUGGUCCCAGAGGUGUGGUGGGCCGAGAGGGGCAGGAGGGCAUUGCUGGGGUGGAUGGGGCCCCAGGGAAGGAUGGCAAUAAAGGCAUGCCGGGAGAACAUGGUGACGAUGGGGAGUUUGGUCUUCCUGGUAAAGCUGGCUCACAUGGAAAAACUGGCGUGCCAGGCCUCCCGGGAGAACAGGGUGCCAUUGGACCAAAGGGUGAGCAGGGACUUCAUGGCCAGAGUGGUACUCCAGGGAAAAAAGGCUUUAGUGGUAGAAUGGGGCUACCAGGGCCACAGGGAGACCAAGGACCUAAAGGACAACCUGGUGAUACAGGGGAACCAGGUUUUCCAGGGAUUCUGGGAGUUUUUGGACCACAGGGGCCUCCAGGAGACUUUGGGCCAAAGGGCAUACAGGGACCAAAGGGGCCGCAGGGUAUAAUGGGCAGAAGUGGAAUUGUUGGCCCUGUGGGAAUUAUUGGUCCCAAUGGAAGUGCAGGUCCUAGAGGAGAGAAAGGCAAUCGUGGCGAGACUGGAUUUCAAGGACCAAAGGGAUCUCCUGGACGUCGUGGUCCUCCUGGACAUCCAGGUCCCCCAGGUGUCCUUCCAUCAGUUAAAGAAGAUAAUCUUGUGCUUCUGCAUUUACACACCUCACUCAGGACUGAGAAUAAGCCAAUGAUGGACCUGCCAAUGCUGGACCAGGGUGCAGAGAUUUUUAAGACCCUCCACUACCUCAGUAACCUGAUCCAGAGUCUGAAGAACCCACUGGGCACUCCGGACAACCCUGCUCGCAUCUGCAGGGACCUCCACAGUUGUGAACAGAAGCUAAAUGAUGGCACUUAUUGGAUUGACCCCAACCUGGGCUGCUCGUCAGAUACAAUAGAAGUCUCCUGUAACUUUACUGGAGGUGGACAGACUUGCCUGAAACCAAUAACACCAUCCAAACCAACAAUCAGUGCCGGUCAAGUCCAGAUGAACUUCCUGCACCUGCUGAGCUCUGAGGCUGUACAGCACAUCACCAUCCACUGCCUGAACAUCUCGGUUUGGAGGUUGGCUGAGGAUCAGCCGGCUGCUCAGGGAUCUGUACGAUUUAAGGCCUGGAGCGGGGAGGUGUUUGAGGUGGGAGGAGAGCUUGAGCCAGAAGUCAUAGAAGACUCCUGCUGGAUAAAAGAUGGCCGCUGGCACCAGACUCAUUUCAUGUUCCACUCCCUGGACCCCACCCUGCUCCCUGUGGUUGACAUCUACAACCUGCCCAACACCACUCCCGGUUCAAAUUACCACCUAGAAGUAGGUUCCGUGUGCUUCCUGUGAGGGCAGCAGUGUAAAUAUCCUGAGCAGAGAGGGAUGGCUCAUCAUCCCUGGAAGACACCUUCAUGUAGUUGUGCAGAUUGGAGCAGUCUCCUCCAAUUUGUGGCUAGACAUUGGCCAAUAGAGAACAAGCUCACCCACCCACGAACAAAUUCAGCUUCACUCUGCCAAACUCCCUCUGGACUGUAGACACACGGUGAGGAAGCACAGGGAGCUUGGGGGGGACAAAGAAAUGCUGAAGAGGAGCAGAGAAGUUCUUGCACUAAUAGCUUCUCAAUAUGGCAAAAGCGUCUUCAAGCUCUGCAAGAAGGAUCUUCACAUAUUCACCAGCUUGGAGAAGAAAAGGCUCAAUGCCACACAGUCUCUCUGGAACACUGCUGAGUGAAGGGAGACCAAGGCCAAGUCAUUCAAAGGACAUUAUAAUAACUUAUUUUUGUAACUCUAUACAGUCUGUAUACUGUGUACUGUGUGUACUUUUUUUUUGGAAAUACCAGGAAUUAAAUUCUGUCAGAAGAUAGGAAUUAAAGUAAUUGGGAUCAUUAUAUAUAACACAUACAUGUAUAUCUUAUGUAAAGAAAUAAUUUUCAAGUGCAAUAGAAAAUAAGAAGAUAAUUUGAUGUUUUAAAAGUAUAUAAACAAUUUUUCAGGGGUACCAUUUUAUUUGCCUUUGGUGCUCAUCUCUGUGUGAUCUUGCCAUGUGAAAUUUUCCAGAAGCAGGCUUAAAUUGAGCAGAAAUCACAUCUUUAUUUCCUAGUGCAUCAAAGUUUCUUCCUAACGUGGGAAAACCAGCAGCACCUAUUCAGCUCUCAGUAAAUUAGGUCUGAAGCCACAGACUAAUGCGCUCAAAUGUGGAGAGAGUCGGUGCAUUAAACAUUUAUUAUUCAUACAUCAUUGAACUGGAUGCCACUGAUGAUUAGGGAGAAUUCCAUGUGGUUACAGGGAUCAGUGGUCAGAGUAAGCAUAUGGAGAUCUCAUUCUCAGUAGUGUUUUUAUCUCUGCAAUGGUGGAGUGUGAAAUCAGACUUAUUAUUUCUUUCUUUACUUAAAUACUUAUCAUAAAAGACAGGAGGGUAGAUGUUAUUAUUAUCACAUGGGACCAGGAGUCUCUUCUUCUACCCAACUCACAGCAGAUAGACUACAGGUACAGGCAGUCCUUAGAGGAGAACUGAGCCACAGGAGAGAGGAGAGCAGAUCCAGGAAGCAAAAUAAAACCCCCAUCUUUGAUAUCAUCCUCUCUCUGAUGCAUGGUGCUAAGUAAAUUAUCUAAGGUGCUAACCAUAUUGCUGUAAUUACACCACUUUGCUAACAUAUUCUGGUGUUUAUAGUGCAUGCUUGCUUAGAUUAAUAAAAAAAAAAUCCUUAUAACAUAAUGACAUAGCUUCCAUAAUGCACUAUAAUGGUAAUAUUCCAUCUGAAACUACAUAGUUCCCUAAUAGUUCACCAUCUGUUGUUUAUUAUAAACCUUUUUCAGUGCUACAAUUUAUGAUGAGGCUUAUUCUGAGCUAGAAUAUUAUAGACAUACCUUAAAAAUCUAAGACAGAUUUCUCCUGUUGUACCCAAUAUAAAUCACAUAGUUUGAAGUAUUUCUGAAGAAUAAAGCCCCCCAUAGGUGUAUGUAAUAAUUUUAGAAACACAGCUAGUGAAGAUAGUUUUAAUUAAAGUUUCUUUGUUGUAGUUGGACACAAGUGUGUAUAAUUGUGCAAAUCUUGCUGUAUACAGUGGAUCCCCUCUUGCUAAUUUAAUGUUAUUUAAUGUUAAGGUGGUAGCUGACUGAGCAAUACUAGCAAAACUACUCUUUCUGAUGUCUUUUUAUAUUAGUUUGCCCAACUGGUCUUGGAGUUAAUAGAUUUUUUUGUGUGUAAAUUUGUGGCUCCAGAGAACAAAUUUAUUGCAAUGUUAAUUAUUUUUAUUAUGAUUUUUUAUUUUGUUAUUUUGAUUUAUGUUGUUUUUCCUCUGAUAAUCAAUCAUGUACUGUAGCAGGAUUCUGUACUAUACUAUAACGUUUGUUUUAAAGAAUUAUGCAAAUAUGUGAAAAUAGUUUCUUCUUUUUGUAAAUCUGUUGUAGACAUUAAAACCAGCUAAGAAUACCUCACAUUUGUACUCAUGACUUCUUUGGAAAUAUCAGCCAAAUACAGUGAGUUUUCAAACUCUGAACAAGACCAUUUCUGGUAUCUUUUAUCUGUCUACUCUUUAUU